CCGGUCUGGUGUGGAGCAGUCGCUCUCUCUCGGUCUCUCGGUAGCCAAUGCAGAGGGAGCCGCUUUCCAUUCGCUUUCGACGUCGUUUCUAUUAUUAUAAGAUAACCAAAUUGUAAUGAAGUAUUUAAUAUGGAAGUUCUUAAAGAAUGUUCAGCAUAUUUAAGCAAUUAUGAAGUUUUGGAUAUUUUGCAAAAUAUAAAGGCAAAUAAAAAACAAAAAAUGAAACAAAACCAGCUAGCAACAAUAACUUAUCAAACUGUAAGAUAUUUAGAAGAGACUCCAUGCAAGAAUCAAUCACCUGAGAAAAUAAAAAAUUUUCUGAAAGCAACUGAGCCUUUUAAGUUAACAAAGUGUGAAAAACUAACUCUUUUAAAUUUAUGUCCUAAAACACCACUGGAAAUUCAAUUGAUUGUGGAGGACAGCGAAGAUCGUUUGACAGAAGAAGAAGUAAUGUCCCUGCUUCAGGUAGUGGCAACUUAUUUAGGUGACGAUCAGUUGGAUGAUAAAGAUGGGUAACAUGUUCUUGCACUGUAACUUUACACUUCUUAAAACAAUUUAUAUGAUAUGUACAUAUUAUAUGUUAUGUACAUUUUAUUUGUAAUAAACGGAAAUAGAAAUAGUAUAAUAUUAAA